GUGAGACUCUGUCUCAAAACAAAACAAAACACCAAGCCUGGAAGGAAGAGACUGAUGCACAGAGAAGAAGCAUCAGCAGGUGGGUGCUGGCAACAUGCUAAAUCCUUCAUAUACAUUCCAGAAUCUUCACUAUAGUUCCAUGAAUUAAUUUCUCUAUCUUUGCAGAUGAUCAAACAGGUCAGAGAGGUGAACUAAUGUGCCUGUGUUCACUCAGCUAGUGAGCAGUGUAGCUAUUUUUGUGUGUGUGUGUACAGUCCGAUUCGAAAGCCAUCAUAGUUCAGGCCAGGCACUUAGUGUCUAGAGGGAGUGAGCAGUAGCUACCUCUCUCUCAUUUGUCGCCAUGGGAGUCUCAUUACUGCCCUCCCUGGUCCCUGCCUCCACUCAAGUUGGGGAUAAAUAAGCCUCAGACGGGUUGGAUACAUCUUCACUACAUCUGACAGUGCCUGGCAGUCCUAGGGCCUUCCUUUCUCCAUACUCUUGUGUUUCCAAGUUUGCCAGUGGCUGUCCAGAUAAGUAAACCUUAGCAAGGAGAUCGGCCAGGAUCCCAGAUCUGGCUGAACUGAUUUUGAACUCUGACCUCAGAAGGGCUUCCCUCCUUCCCUUAACACAUAGGUGGGAAGACAUUUCAGAGUCCAAGCAUUGAAACCACUCUGUCAUUCUGAAAGUGACGGGAAGAGAGCAGGGUCAGAGUUUCAGGUGGAGUUGCCAUGGCAACCCCAGUAGCAUCCAUCUGGCUUUCCCAGCUCAGGUCCCAGAGGAUUUUCUAGCCCUGAGAAGGAGGAAGGGAGAGAAUGUAUACAUUCAUGCUCCCCUGUAGAGAAAGCUCCCUUCUGUAAUGAAUAGCCCAGAACAAACUACCCCAUCGUUGAUGAACAUAAAGGAAUUCACUGUGUGCCUCAUGAUGUGUGAGGGAAGGAAAAUUUAACUUCCAUUUCUGCCAGGUGCUUUCACAGACAUCUCAUGUAAUCUAUAACUUCUCUGUGAAGUGGACGUUAUUACCCUAUUAUCCCAUUUUGUAGAUGGGGGAAAUUGUGGUUAGGUAAUAUGUCCAAAGGCAGUGUCAGAAUUUGAACCCAGGUCGGUCUCACUCCAAAUACCAUGCUUUACUCACUAAACCCAUUGCUCAUCAACUGAGAACAGCCCAAGUCGCUGCUGUUGCAGUGAGUUACAGAAAGAGCCGUCUGUGUACUGUGCGCGCGAAACAGUCAUGGAAGUCCGCAAGGCAGCUCCACUGGGGCCAUGUCGGAGCGAGAAGAGCGGCGCUUUGUGGAGAUCCCUCGGGAGUCGGUCCGGCUCAUGGCAGAGAGCACAGGCCUAGAACUGAGUGAUGAGGUGGCAGCCCUGCUUGCAGAGGACGUGUGCUACCGUCUCAGGGAGGCCACACAGAAUAGCUCUCAGUUCAUGAAGCACACCAAACGGCGGAAGCUGACAGUUGAAGACUUCAAUAGGGCCCUCAGAUGGAGCAGUGUGGAGGCUGUGUGUGGUUAUGGAUCCCAGGAGGCACUGCCCCUGCGCCCUGCCAGGGAGGGUGAGCUCUACUUUCCUGAGGACCGAGAGGUGAACCUGGUGGAGCUGGCCCUGGCCACCAACAUCCCCAAAGGCUGUGCUGAAACGGCUGUCAGAGUUCAUGUCUCCUACUUGGAUGGCAAAGGGAACCUGGCACCUCAAGGAUCAGUGCCCAGUGCCGUGUCCUCCCUGACAGAUGACCUUCUCAAGUACUAUCAGCAGGUGACUCGGGCUGUGCUAGGGGAUGAUCCCCAGCUAAUGAAGGUCGCUCUCCAGGACUUGCAGACGAACUCCAAGAUUGCAGCGCUCCUGCCUUACUUUGUUUAUGUGGUCAGUGGGGUAAAAUCUGUAAGCCAUGACCUGGAGCAGCUGCACCGGCUUCUGCAGGUGGCACGGAGCCUGGUUCGGAAUCCACACCUCUGCCUGGGACCCUAUGUCCGCUCCCUGGUGGGCAGUGUCCUCUACUGUGUCCUGGAGCCACUGGCGGCCUCCAUCAACCCCCUGAAUGACCACUGGACUCUGCGGGAUGGGGCUGCCCUCCUGCUCAGCCACAUUUUCUGGACUCAUGGGGACCUUGUAAGUGGCCUCUAUCAGCAGAUCCUGCUCUCCCUGCAGAAGGUCUUGACAGACCCUGUGCGGCCUCUCUGCUCUCACUAUGGAGCUGUGGUGGGGCUACAUGCUCUUGGCUGGAAGGCAGUAGAACGAGUUCUGUACCCACACCUGUCCACUUACUGGACAAACCUGCAGGCUGUGCUGGAUGAUUAUUCAGUAUCUAAUGCCCAGGUCAAAGCAGAUGGGCACAAAGUCUAUGGAGCCAUUCUGGUGGCCGUAGAGCGACUGCUGAAGAUGAAGGCCCAGGCAGCAGAGCCCAACAGGAGUGGCCAAAGCGGCAGGGGGUGCCGGCGUCCGGACGACCUGCCUUGGGACAGCCUUCUCCUGCAAGAGUCCCCCUCCGGUGGCGGUGCAGAGCCAGGCUUUGGGUCUGGACUCCCGCUGCCACCAGGGGGCGCGGGGCCAGAGGAUCCUUCUCCUUCGGUGACCCUGGCGGACAUCUACCGGGAGCUCUACGCCUUCUUCGGUGACAGUCUGGCAACUCGCUUCGGCACAGGCCAGCCCGCCCCCACGCCCCCGCGGCCGCCCGGGGACAAGAAGGAGCCAGCCGCCGCCCCCGACUCGGUGCGGAAGAUGCCCCAGCUGACCGUCAGCGCCAUGGUCAGCCCGCAGGGCGACGAGAGCCCUCGAGGAGGCGGCGGCGGCCCCCCGUCGGCUUCCGCGCCCACCGCCUCUGAGAGCAGGCCGCUGCCGCGUGUGCACCGAGCGCGGGGGGCGCCCCGGCAGCAAGGUCCCGGCGCCGGCACCCGCGACGUCUUCCAGAAGAGCCGCUUCGCCCCGCGCGGCGCCCCCCACUUCCGGUUUAUCAUCGCCGGGCGGCAGGCCGGGAGGCGCUGCCGCGGCCGCCUUUUCCAGACUGCCUUCCCCGCGCCCUACGGGCCCAGCCCGGCCUCCCGCUACGUGCAGAAGCUGCCCAUGAUCGGCCGCACCGGCCGCCCCGCCCGCCGCUGGGCGCUCUCAGACUACUCGCUGUACCUGCCGCUCUGAGCGGCGCGCACCCCGCCUCUGUAAAUAAAGCCCGCCCGGAAGUGA